AUGCCUUCUCCAUCGCCGCAUCCAAGGUCCCUUGCCGUUUAUUGGUGCUCCAGCCAAGCGUACCAAAUCGGUUUGGCCAACGCCCAAAAGUCCUGUGUCGCCCAGAAGUUGACCUUCGACAACCAAUUCAAGAAGAUCCCAUUGGAUUCAUUUCUAGCCGAGAGCGAAGGAAACAUACAAACACUCAAGCUUUGGGUUCAAAGGGCCCAAGACGUUUCUGAGUCUUACCUGGAUGUCUCCAUCGAACUCUGUCAGGAAAUCCUCUCCUAUCACGUAGAGCAUGGUGGAUUGUCCCCCGAGCUGUACACUCUACUCGACUCUGUAUCAUCGGAGGGCCUUAUCAUCAUGGAUCAUCUCUCUCGGCUGGAAGUCGCUCGUCUCAAGCCCCGGGGGGAUUUCGAUAUUCUGGACAAAAAGGUGAAUCUAGCUGCCGAUGCCAUUCGCCGUAUGGAAGAGAGGCUAGUGAACUUGAUCCUUCAGCACAGGGUUAGUUGA